AAACAAGCAUGCAUUUAGGAUCCUUAUGUACAGGAGACAUCAAAAGAAGAAGAAAAGCUGCACCUUUGCCUGGACCUACUACAGCAGGAUUCGUAGGUGAAAACGCCCAGCCCAUCCUAGAGAACAACAUUGGCAGCCGAAUGCUUCAGAACAUGGGCUGGACGCCUGGGUCCGGCCUUGGCCGAGAUGGCAAGGGGAUCGCUGAGCCAAUUCAAGCCAUGCAGAGGCCAAAAGGAUUAGGACUUGGAUUUCCUCUACCAAAAAGCACUCCCACAACUACCACACCCAAUUCAGGAAAAUCCGCCUAAGAAGGAAAGCAAAGAAGAAACGUUUUAUAAUUUUUGUCACCCCAUUAUUCUGAAGUUACGUUAAAUUUCCAGUUUUGAAGCAGAAAUCUACUUUGCCUCAAACUUGUCACUGUAACUUCCUAACUGCAUAUAGUCCUGCCACAGUGAUAGAAAUGGGAUUUCAUCACAGUUCAUGGUGCUAAAGUAUAAAUGUCUACCCUUUAAGUUUCUCAAUAAUAUCCAGCUAUUUCUAGCUAGAAAGAACAGUUCCUUGCUCUUAUUUAUUUAGAAGUAGAUGCUUUCUCAUGCUUUGCUUAUUUCAUCUAUGUGUGUGAUGCCCAGGCAAAUGUGACCACACCCACUGGUUUCUAAAGCAGGAUAGGCCAGACAGGAUCACUUUCCUAUCAUGCCUAUAUUAGGUAGUUUGGGUUACAACAUAGUGUAACCCUGAAGAUCUGUCAUCCCAUCGACAAUAUCCUAAGCAAGUCUGAAAGUCUUGGCAAUUUCAUAUUCCUUGACUCUGGCUUUCUUGUGAGAUUUUCUAAGACAGUGACGACACCCAUUAAUUUUCUAUCUUUGGACAGUGUCGUAUCACCUUCACAAUGGACAAGUAGUACUUAAUG